ACAUCGUGUGAUAUAAUGGUAUUGCUAGCAUACCACUACCACCACCCUACCGCUAUGUUAUGAGUCUACUCCCACCUGUUUGACAAUUUAAAAUUCCUGAAAAGAAGGGAAUUCAACCUCCAUUUUUGGUCAUUCAUUAUCUUCCCAAUAACCUCUUUUUUCAACCUUCAUUUCUUCUUACGUGCUCCUCAUUUUCUCCCCUUUCCACUUUUCUUUUUCUCUCUCCUCAAUUCUAUCCUUAAACUUCCAUUUUUUUCUUGCGAUCACAUAUAUAUAAUUUAUGAAGAAACAUAUUGGGGUUCUAUACACAAAAGUAUUCAGAAUAAGAGAAAAUAGAUGGCAGUUGGCUCUCUGAGACAUCAGUAUCCAAAGGGAAAAUCCAAGAUGACAUCUUUCCGGAGAGUUUGUAGAUCAAUAUUAGAUCAUCCAUUUAUUAUUGUUAUGCUAUUAUUUUUUAUAUGUUUACAUCGAUAUUUCCCUUUCCUAUUCUUUCUCCUGGUGUCUGCUUCCCCAGUCAUUAUUAGCGCUGCUGUUUUGCUGGGAACCUUAUUAAUCUAUGGGCAACCAAAUGACAGCAAUGUAAACUCUCAUGAAGAAAGGAGUAAUACAUGUGUGACAACUGAAGUUAAUGAUCAUACUUAUUCUGCUGAUAGAGAAGGAAUCUUAACUAAAGAUAGAUUUUCUGAGGUCAGAAACGACAUAGUAGAGAAGGGCAUGAGAGCGUCUGGGAUGUUGAGUUCUGGUAUUAGUGUUACUGGAGACUUGGCUUACGUAGUUGACCAGGAAUACUGCAAUGCAGAGCGCAGUAAAGGUAGCACAAUUUACAAGGAAAAAAGCAAUAAUAAUUUUGGGUUUGCUAACUUCGAAAAGGCAGAUGCUCAAAUACCCUGGGAUCGAGAGUAUGGUGAUUCUAUCAAGUUGCACCAUGAUGCUGGUAUGCAGAAAAAACAUACAGAUGAUACUGUUAAUCAUGAAUAUUCCGAUUGUGAGUCUAAUGGGGCGGAGAAGUCCUCUUUUGAUGCUUUAGUUGCAGAUGUUAUUCCAAGUGCUCAGGAGACUCACCCACUUCUAGACUCCGAGGAUCCAUUACAUCCUGAUGCUUCUCAUGGUGCCUCCCUUAAGUUUGGUUUGCAAUCCCUUGUUACUGAUCACAGUAGUGAGGAUUCAGGCGAUGAUGGUAAUGAUGAUGACAUUGAUAAAAAUGAAGCUCUCAAAGCUAGAGAUGAUGAAAAUAAGGUGGCAGGUUCAUGGAUGGAAAUGGAGAAGAGCCAACAUUUGGAAAGCCUGUUUACUAGAACAAUUGAGGAAAGAGAUGAAGAGGAAGAAGCAGAAGACGAUGAAAGUAAUGAUGACGAAGUUGAUGAUGAAUAUGACGAUGAUGAGGAAGAGGAGAACACAAAUGUGGAAAAGGAUGAAAGCAAACAAGUCACUAUGUGGACAGAAGAGGAUGAGAAAAAUCUCCGGCUUGUAGGAAAUUCUGAGUUGGAAAGAGAUUUACGUUUGGAAAAUCUUUUAGCAAGGAGAAGGGUGAAAAGGAAUUUUUCAAUGAUUUCGGAGAGGAAUUUGAUAGACUUGGACCGCCCUGAAAUUCCUUUCCAAAUUCCACCCAUUUCUACAACAAGAGUAAAUCCUUUUGAUACUCCUGUCAGUACAUAUCAGCAGCAGUUUGGCAUUCCACCUAUUCCUGGAUCUGCUCCAUCUGUUAGUGUACCAAGGAAAAAUCCAUUCGAAUCUCCGUGUACUUCUCCAAAAGGUAUUCAGAAUCUUGCAGAAGAACAUAUAGAGGAGACCACGGAAAUGAAUUUGAAUGAUGCAAUAUUUCACGAAAAUGGAAGUUCAAGCACAGGAUAUGAUCCCUUGGGGGACAUUUUGAAACUGGACUUUGUGGAAGUAAACCGCAAGGACGCUGUGUUCCGCCGGUAUGAAAGUUUUAGCACCGGAUAUAAUUUCAUGGGUGAUACUUCCAGACAGGACUUCAUGGAAACAGACCGAAGAGAGGCAGUACUCCGUAGGCACGAAACCUUUAACACCAGAUCAACAUUUCGAAACAUGGUUACUACACCAGAGAAGCUUGCCUAUCUUAAAAUGAAACCUGUGUUUGUUCCAGAACAAGUGGGAGAUCAUGAAAUGAGACCUCCUUCUUCAGGGAGAGAAUCAAGCCAUGACAGCGAGUCCACCGUGAGCUCCUCUAAUUCCGAUCAUACUGAAUCCCCAACCACUCUUUCAAUGCAUGAGGACGUGGAAUCCAAUAAAGACUUGAUUGCUGAAAGUGAUCAUGCUUCUAUCCGCUCUGAAGACUCGAGAAGUGAGUCUUCUGACUCGGUAGAUUCUCUACACGAAGAUCCUGAAGAAUUUGUGGGAAGUUUGGAAGCAAAUGCAGAAGUACAUGCUGAUCAUAUUCAUCAGAAAGCAGAUGCUGCUCAUGAGAACAAAGAUGAUACUUCGAGCAGUACUUCAACUACAUCAGAAGUGGAUCAGAGCUCUGAAAAAUUAGGCCAAGGUGAAGAUGAAGCCGUCAAUGAUAAUUUUGUGCACUCACCUAAAGCUUCUUCGACCAUGUCAGACGUCAACCCCGUUAACAUGGAGGAAGACCAUGGGAUUAUAGAGCCUCCAGUCUAUGAUUCAAGCCCUUCAGGUACUGAUAAAAUCACGCCAUUUUCUAUCAUGCUCAAGAGUAAUGGAGAAAUUUGAUUACAACUGGCGGUUUCCAACAUGUAAUUAGGAGGAUAACUUUAACAUUGUUCUGUAAAAAAGGAUCAUGCUGUACAUGAAACUCACGACAAUAUAGUCACAUACGGAGUAAUGUAGAGAUAGUAGAAUAGAUCAUUGUUCUUAUGAGCCUUCAUAAGUUGUAGAAGUUUUUUCGUCGUGAUUUUACCAGACAUAAAAUCAUAUCAUUUUGACUUUUUGAAAUGCUUUGGAGUGAAAAUAUAAA